GUGGCUGGCAUGUCUCCGGCCGGCCGCCGGCCGCCGGUCCGGCUCUGUGUUGUGGCGCUCCGGCGUUGCCAUGGCGCCCGCAGUCCGAGCCGCCUCGCCCGGUUCUGUUCGGAAGAGGGGCGGGCGGCGAGCCUGUCCGGGCGGGGAGGGGACCGUCCAGCCCGGUGUGUGGUACCGAUAUUGUCCCCUGGCCUCACACACACACACACACUCCGGCUCUGACAGGCGCUGCCCGGUGGGGUGGCGGGGGGUCGGCGUGGAGCAGGCCGGCCCCGGGACUGUCCGAGAGCGACUGUUUUCAAAAAGAGCCCCUCGCCUUUGGGGGGCUCAAGAGCUCCCCCAACUCCCCCCUGUUUUUCUCUCGUUGUUUUCAAGACGCCAAGCCUCGUGUAACGAUGAAAGGGGUCCGUCUUGUGUCGCUGUUCAAGCACCCCUCUCGUCUUUCCGUUCACUUCGCGGUCGACACGGUUUCGCUGGCGGGCCGGGCAGACCGACGGGCUGGGUCCAAGUUGAUGGCACGUUUUUCGGUUCCGUGUUUUCCACGUCGGUGUUGGCUGUUUGGUGGGGUCACAGGACAAACUUUUUCUCUGGUGUAGGGGGGGGGAACCGACCGCAAGUAGCCUCACCGGAAAUUCAAAGGUCCGCAACUUUAAAAAAAAAUCGAUCAUAUUAAAGGCUUUCCUUCGGUUUUACUUUCGGUUUUGUUUUAAAACCCAGAGAGAGCUGGGCACGCACUGCAACCGUAGCAAUGAACGAUGACCAUAGUUGACAAACCAACAGAGACGUCUGACCCCGAGUCAGGUCAGUCUGAGCUCUCCGGUUCCCCGACCCCGUCCUCUUCCGGUGACAUGGACACUAGCUCCGCCAGCUGGGGCGCGGGAUCGUCCACCUCGGACCCCCCGAAAAACAAGACCCCCUGCGUGGGACCCACCCCCGGCGCCGCGGUCUACACGAGCAGCUCGGUGCCGGCGCCGGAGAGGCCCAAAUCGCCCAUACACAAGGAGCAGUCUCUGAUGGCCAGCGGAGACGGCAUCGCCCUCCCGCAGAAGAUCUUGUUCCCGGCCGAGCGGCUCAGCCUGAAGUGGAACCAGGUCCAUCGCAUCGGAGCGGGUCUCCAGAACCUGGGAAACACAUGCUUCCUCAACUCUGCCCUGCAGUGUCUGACCUACACUGCCCCGCUCGCCAACUACAUGCUGUCCCGGGAGCACUCGAAAACAUGUCACGAACCGGGGUUCUGUAUGAUGUGUACGAUGCAGAAUCACAUCACCCAGGUCUUCGCCAACUCGGGGAACGUCAUCAAACCAAUCGGCGUCCUCAAUGAGCUCAAGCGAAUCGCCAAGCAUUUCCGUUUCGGCAGCCAGGAGGAUGCCCAUGAGUUUCUGCGAUACACCGUGGAUGCUAUGCAAAAGUCAUGCCUACCUGGAAGCAAACUGGACAGGCAAACACAGGCCACUACACUGGUGCAUCAGAUCUUCGGAGGAUACCUGAGAUCGAGAGUAAAGUGUCUGAACUGUAAAGCUGUCUCUGACACGUUUGAUCCUUACCUGGAUGUCGCAUUGGAAAUCAAGACUGCCCAGAACAUCAGCAAAGCUCUUGAACAGUUUGUCAAGCCUGAGCAUCUGGAUGGUGAGAAUGCCUACAAGUGUACCAAAUGCAAGAAGAUGGUUCCAGCCUCCAAGCGUUUCACAAUCCACCGCGGCUCCAAUGUCCUCACAAUUUCGCUGAAGCGCUUUGCCAACUACAAUGGAGGAAAGAUUGCAAAGGACGUGAGGUAUCCUGAGUACCUGGACAUUCGUCCUUUCAUGUCCCAGUCUCACGGGGAGCCCCAGGUGUACGUCCUGUACGCUGUCUUAGUCCACUCUGGGUUCAGCUGCCAUGCUGGGCACUACUACUGCUACGUCAAGGCCAGCAAUGGACAGUGGUAUCAGAUGAACGAUUCCUCGGUUUCCAUCAGCGACAUCAGAUCUGUUCUGAAUCAACAAGCUUACGUUCUGUUUUACAUCAGGUCUCCGGAUCUGAAAAACGGAGGAGACUACAACCACUCCAGCCGCACCCCUGGCCAGUCCUCCCCCCGGCCCAUCCUCACCCCGCGACUGGGUGGCCCCCGACACCCCUCCGUCGGCUUUAUCGGGCCCCAGCUGCCCCCGCACAUGACCAAGCAGGGGAGAGACUGGAAGAGACGCAGAGAGAGAUGGAAGAAUUCCAGCCACGUCAAUGGGAACGGGUCCCUGAAGGAGGAAUCGUGCGCCGCCCAGCCCGGCGCCAGCAGCACCAGUGUGACCCGGACGGGCCCCGGCUUGUCCUCUACCUCUCUCCCGGCCCGGCCCCUCGGCCGGCACGCCGGCAUUCCCGAGCCCGCCAAGAGGCAGAAGCUGUCCUUCCUCAUCGGUCAGGGCAAGACGUCCCGCACGGCCCCGUCCCAGCCAAGCCUGCACAGCAGCCCCCUGGAGAACCUGUACCGGCCCAGCUGCUCCUCCUCCUCCUCCUCGUCCUCCUCCGCUGCCUCCCACUCGCGGUCGCAGCCCUGCUCUUCCUCCUCCUCCUCCUCACAGUCUACCUCAGAAGGUUCCUCUGCCUCCGCUGCUGCAGCAACCAUGUCCCGAGCGGAGCAGCCGGCAGAGCCCCGCCCGCCCCGCGUCAACGGGGCGUCCCUGAGCCACCAGGCCCCCUUCCUGGUGCCGUACGCGGAGGAGUCCUCCGACGAGUCCGACCCGGAGGGCGGCGCCGGCCUGGCCCCGCUGGAGAACGGUCACGCCCGGGCUCCCGCUGCCGCUGUGAAUGGGAAGGACGUGGUUGGCGCUCCCGCCAGCGGCGUCGCCGGGGUCCCGCCCCCUCCCCGUGUCGCGCCCGAGACCGGCAGCCCAGUCACCAUGGAAACCCGGAAACAGGAGAACGGACCUGACGCUGCCAGCAGCUCCCCCAGGCCUACAGAGAAUGGGCUGCCUAAAGUCAAUGGGUUCAAGCAUUCGGAUAAGCUGUCCCCGGAGGUGCUUCCAGCGGGUCCUGGCCGGGCGUCGUCGGAGUCUGUGGGACACACCGGCACCAGUCCUACGCGCACGAUGGAUCCCGUGACGAGGACGAGCCCCGCUGUCGACAGCCGGCAAGGGGAAACCCAGACGUCCUGUUUGCCUUCCCAAGAGGCUGCCAGUCCACCUCCUCCUGCCGUCGCUGAUGUUUCGGCCUGCAAAGCAGGCAAGACUCAGAGCUUGGCCGACCGCUCCUCGGCUUCUCCUGCGAAAGAGCCUCCGAGACACCCCCCCGCCUCCGAACCAAAUCUCUGCAGUCGGGAAGAACGGGCUAAAAAUAACCCCACUAACCUCUCCCCCCUUCGAUACAAUGUAGCUGCUAACCCUUCUUCUGAUAACCCGAACCUCACGGACAGGGAGAUGGCUUUGGAUGGCCCAGUAAAGCAGGCGAAGGUGGAACUGGCCGUGUCUCCUGGACGAGCUCGCCUUAUGGAUGGCGCCACCUCUGGGGCCUCUUCAGAGGGUCCUAGCCCUCAUGGCCACAGUGGCCAUUCCGCGGCUGUGCUGGAGAGAGCCCUGCCCUCUCACACUCCCGGCUCCACCAGUUUCCACACGUCCGCUGCCAGAGCUAAGGAGCCCAGAGAUGCCACACUGGAGACCGCAAGGAAUGCUUUGCAGAACAGCAACCAGAUGCUGGGAAUGAGCAGCUCUGGCAGCAUUGGGAAGGUAGGUACUACGGUGGACUGUGACCCCGAGCCACAGGAAGCAAAGCCAGGGAGUUGCAAGGAAGAGAAAAUUAAGGAAGAUGUCCUCUGCCACGCAGAGCAAGUCAGACACGCCACUGUGGACUGGGAGAAAAGCCACACUCACAGGGACAGGCUGGCCUCUUCCCCUGCUAAGGAUAAAAUCAGGGCUUCUGAGAAGCACAGGAACCACGGGGAUCGCUCCCGAAGCAGGGAGAGGAAUGCUUACAGAAGGAGCAGCUACCAGAGUGAGAGAGACUGUCACACGCGCAGAGAGCGGUCCCGCAGCCGUGGGAGAUACUACAGGGAUAGAAACUGGGAUCGCGAUGGGAAAGACCGGGACAGAAGAUGCGAGAGAAACGGGUAUCGCCACAGAGACAGUCACCACAGGGACAGGAGGUACGUGAGUGAUCGGGAUGAGCGAUCCUCCGGUCACUAUCACCGGGACUGGGCGUAUAGAGGGGAACACUCUUACAAGCCGAGGUGGGCGGAGGAGAGCAGGGGCAAAGCGUACCCCUCUCAGGACUACAGCAGACCCCGGCCGGACCACUACCACUCGCCUCCCCCUUCGUCCUCCUCAUCCUCGCUCCCCCGAGCCAGGCCAAGGCCCCGCGGGGACCGCAGCCAGGACAGCGACUCGGACCGGAAGCACCACGCCCGGCAGGAGACCUCCGAGGAGAGGCGGGCGAGGAAACACAAGAGGUCCAAGAAGAAGAAGAAGUCGAAGGACAAGCACCGCGAGCACCUGGAACACAGAAGUCAUCAGGAUGUGGAUUCUUCUGAAGGGAAUUCUGACAACAGCUCAUGGAAACACAAGAAAAAGAAGAGGAGGAGGCGUGAAGGCGAGGACUCGGACUACGGAAAAUCCCACUGCGACCACCACGAGGCCAGGUCCUGCGGCCAGUCAGGAGAGCCGCUUGAGCACAGCACCCAGGAGAGCGGGCAGCGGGGGUACGAAGGGGCAGACCCCCCGCCUCAAGACGGUGAGAAAGCCAGUCGCAAGCGGUGCUCCGCGGAAAAGGAGUUUCCUCAUCGCGCUGCAAAAAUCCCACGGCCUGAGACCAGCCAUUGUGCAAGAGCCCCAUUGGCCCUCCACCGUGACGCAGAGGUGGCCUCUGGCUCCGGUAACGUGGCAGAUCCACAGGGGCGGAGCAGAGAAGCUGAAGGCGAGGUCCUGUGUCGGGACACGUGCUGGCGGCAGGUGAGUUGAGUUUGUCUCGCUCUUGGACCUGACGGCAGCUGUCCGUUUCAGCACCA